GAAUGACACAAAAAUUUCAACAAAUCCAACACAUUAAAAUGAAUUCACCUCAGCUGAAAUCGUCUGUCAAACAAUUUCAUUGCAGUUUGUGAUUGCUAAGCACAAAGAUUGUUGUUUUUGUAAAAUAAUUUUUUAAAUAAUAAAAGUGAAAAUACUAUUUGUUAUGGCGGAAUCAUUGGAUGUUACUUUCGAGGGUAAAGAACUGAAAAAUAUAUUUUCAGCUGGCGAGACGUUGUUUGAUGAAUUAGAAGAAACGUCCUUACCUUUCUCGAGUGCAGAUUUUCAGAAUAAAGUAAAGCAGUCCAUUGAAUGUUUUGAAGAUGCUACUCGUAUUGUCAGUGAAGUCGGGAUGUUCAGUCCUAAUGAACUAAUUGAUGAAGUCUCUACAGAAUCUGUACAGUACUUGUUGCUACCAUUCUAUUUGGGUAAACUAACACUAAAGUUGAACACUCAUGAGCGACUGGAGAUAUUAAAAGUAGCGGAAGUGUACUUUAAUGAUUUUCUGAAGCGGUGCAAUGAAUACGAAUUGUGCGAUAACAAAAAUGUUGAAGUGGAGAAGUCGCAAGUGAAGGAAAUUUCCGGGAACAGUUUGGCAUCUUUGUUACGCGCCGCCAACUCUCGAAAUGAGAAAAUUGCUUUGUAUUCAAAAAAGAAGCAGUUGAUAAGUGAUAUUAAAAAUUUAAAAGAAAUGAUAAAAAUUAAAGACGUCGAUGAAGAAGUAAAGCGUGAAUUCUAUUUAAAACUUAUAAGAAAGAGCAUAAUUGAUGCAACCGAAGAAGUUGAUAGUGUUAAUCUUGAAAAGAAAAUGGCAGAGAUGCGAAAAACGUCCGCAUUACUUGGAGAGGAAAAUACGUCGUCCGAGCAUGACAUUACAGUUAAGAAAGCACAUAACCAUCAUGGUCACACACAUGGCAAACAAAAUCCAAAACCGUUGCGUCCGUUUAUUAUAACACGCGAUGCGACACAAAAGGCAGUUUUUGGUAUGGGUUAUCCCAGUUUGCCCAUAAUGACCGUUGAUGAAUUUUAUACACAACGUGUAGAGGAUGGAAUUUUUCCUGAUGAAGAAAAAGUUGCAAAAAUGAAUAUUGCUCAAGCUAUAGCCGCUGCACAAGAUCCCAACGAAAAGGAAGAUCAAGAAAAAGCUGUUCUGGAGGAACAAAUCGAGAAUGAUGACCCAGACAAUUUGGCACGUAUGCGUCGCAUGGACGAAUAUAAAGAUGUGGUACGUCGUGGUGAUGGCAACCGCUACAACCGAAGUUAAUUUUAAUACACAAUGUAACCACUCAUAGUCUGAUAUAAAUUUACUUUCUAAAUCACAAUAUAUUUAAUAUAAGUAUCAUAUUCUAUUACUAAAUACUAUUUACUAAUUAAUAUGUAAAAGCCACCAAUAAACAAAUGUUUUACUAAGUA